AUGCAGCCCCUGGAGGUAGGUCUGGUUCCCGCUCCAGCGAGGGAGCCGAGACUGACCCGCUGGCUGCGGAGAGGCAGUGGGAUCUUGGCGCACCUGGUGGCUUUGGGCUUCACCAUCUUUCUGACUGUGCUGUCCCGGCCGGGAACCAGUCUUUUCUCCUGGCACCCUGUAUUCAUGGCCUUGGCGUUCUGCCUCUGCAUGGCUGAGGCCAUCCUGCUCUUCUCGCCUGAGCACUCCCCGUUCUUCUUCUGCUCCCGAAAGGCUCGGAUCCGACUCCACUGGGCAGGGCAGACCCUAGCCAUCCUCUGUGCAGCCCUGGGCCUGGGCUUCAUCAUCUCCAGCAGGACCCGCAGUGAGCUGCCCCACCUGGUGUCCUGGCACAGCUGGGUAGGCGCUCUGACCCUGCUGGCCACUAGUGGUCAGGCACUAUGUGGGCUCUGCCUCCUCUGUCCUCGAGCAGCCAGAGUCUCAAGGGUGGCUCGCCUCAAGCUCUACCAUCUGACUUGUGGACUGGUGGUCUACCUGAUGGCUACAGGAACGGUGUUCCUAGGCAUGCACUCAGUGUGGUUCCAGGCCCAGAUCAAAGGUGCAGCCUGGUACCUGUGCCUGGCACUGCCCCUCUAUCCGGCCCUGGUGAUCAUGCACCAGAUCUCCAGCUCCUACUUGCCAAAGAAGAAAAUGGAAAUGUAA